AUGCGACAAGAAAAAAGAAAAUCAAGGAUUUCGUGUGACGAUAGAUAUGGUAGCUCCGCAAUUGUGUAUGGGAAAGUUUGUGACAGUUGUAUGCGACAACUUUUCUGCAGCUUAAGAUUGGCACAUUAUUUGGCUCAAUAUGGUUCAACAUUGCUUGGGAGUGUGCGAAAAAACAGAGUUGAGGUACCAGAAGAAGCCAAGCAAAUCAAAAAUUAUGACCCCAAUGAUGAUAAGAAGGCUACUACAAGAGAGGCAGAUUCAACGGAAGUGUAUACAAAGGGUGUAUGCAAAUUGCUUUCUUACUAUAACGAAAAGAAGAAGUUGGUGCUCAUUAUGACGACGAUGCAUAAUGCUAAAGAGUUGUACACCGUUCAGGAGCAAGUGAGGGGAAAGGAUGGCAAACUUGUGAGUGUACACAAACCAAAUGUGAUAAAACAAUACAAUGCGACAAUGGGAGGCGUUGAUAGUGCAGAUCAGAUGAUACAUACUUACACUUGUAGAAGGCGCACUUCAAGAUGGAAUGUGAGAAUACUUUAUGAUUUACUUGACAUCGCUGCCCUCAAUGCCUACAAGGUAUAUCAUCAUCACCACGAUAAGGUGGACAGGUUGAAUUUCCUCAAUGAAUUGACAGAGUUAUUGAUGGAAAUGGAGUAA